AUGGGAAUUUAUUAUAGUUUAACAUCAAUAUUUUCAUCAACAACAGAAACAAAUCAUAUAAAUGUACAUUCAAAUUCUAAAUCUAAAAAACGAAGACGUCGGCGCCAUAAACAAAACCAUUUAUUAAAUCGAUUUUUUUUGGGUUCAAAACAUUUUUUUAUUAAUACACAACCACAUACGUGCCUUUUCAAUGAAUAUUAUUAUUUUAAUUCAAGAAAAGAUGUACUAAAUCCUGUACAUUUACAAGUUUCAUUACCUGAAACAAAUCAAUCCAUGAUUACACGGCCAGUUCAAUGCACCAUAGCAAUACGAAGAGAUUCACUUAAAUUAAUCCAUUGUUACGACGAUUAUUAUUCAAUUGAUUUUACUUUCGACGCUGAUCGUCCAGUGCAAAUCUACAUCUAUUUUAUGGCUCAUGAAGUAUACACAAAUAAUAGUGGAUCAUUAUCAUAUGUUCCAUGUAAAAAAUCAGGUCAUUUACAUAAAUUUAAACAAUAUUAUGUAUUUAAUCGGUCUGCUGGUCAUGGGCAAAUAUUUUCAUCAAUACCAAAUGAUAUUCAUUUACCGUUAUCAGUAUUAAAUGAAAAUCAUCAUAAUUGUACAAUAAAAAAUCAUGUUUAUCCAAUAGUUAUUGUUUGUCGAGAAAUAAAUUCUUCAUUAACAAAAAGUUCAUCAACAGUUUGUGGUACAACAUUAAGUGAUCAUACAACAGCUGCUUUAGCAUCUUUCCCUAUAUUUGAUCAAUAUCAUAUUGUAUUAGCAACAAUAAAAGUCCUUCGAUUAAAUGAUUCAAUAUCAACAAUAACUCCUGAUCGUGUUACAAUUGUUUUACUUAAUCAAAAACAUGUUUAUAAUGGAAUUGUUUUUAAAUUAUUUGAAAUUUAUAGUAUUGAAAAUCAUCCAUUAAAAUUAUCAAAUAAUAAUAAUGAUAAAAAAAAAAUUUCUAAAGGAAAUACAUCAUUAAUAAAAGUUGUUACAACAUCAACCCUUAAUGAAAAUGAACCAUUUUUAAAGCGUGCAAAUGAAAUUAAUGUACUUAAAAAAACUUCAUCUGAUUUUGAUUUAGUAUUCAAUAAUACAAAUGAAAGUACUUGUGUUAUUUGUUUAACUGAUAAACGCACUGUUUUAUUACUUCCAUGUCGACAUUUAUGUUUAUGUGGAUCAUGUGCUGAAAACUUAAAAUUUCAAUCUGCUAAUUGUCCGAUUUGUCGGAUACCAUUUCGUGCUUUAUUACAAAUGAAUGCAUUACGUUAUCGAAAACACUUUCUAAUUAAUCAUCAAUAUAGUGAUGAUGAGGAUGAAUUAAUGUAUGAAAGUAUUUCAUUAAUUGACGCACUCAAUUUAGCAACAUCAACAACAAAACAAAUUAACAAAACUAAUGGUAAUAUUCAACAGAAUAUAACAACCAAUGAUAUUAAGUAUUUCUGCAGUGAACAUACAGUUUAA